AUAAUCCUUGAGAAGCUUAGGAUGAUCCAGACGUUUCCAUGAUAUUGGAUGAUUAGAAGCUGCAACUGUGGAAAUCCGGAAAGCCUUUGCAUGCCCUGUAGCUAAAUGCAUAACUAACGGCCAAGGAGAUGGUGAUAUAAAGUUGUCUUGGCUUGGGAGUAAUCAGAUGAUUGAUGCCUACAUUCUCACUAUGUAUUAACAGGUUGCCGUUGUUUUUGUAUGGACUCAGUGUGCCCUGUAUAAUUUCCUGUCGUUCUGAUGAUAAUCUUGGUUUCUUUGACCGCCAUAUCAAUCUAAGCAAUUUCUUCCAGCGAUACAACGAUCACGUUUCACUCCAUCGGCACGAUUUCAAGGUGGUGCAAGAUGAACCUAACAAGCUUCAGAUCCAGCGAAAAUAUGAGAAAGCUCGGCGUAAAUUGGCGCAAAAGAUCAAUGACGAGAAAGCAGGAAAAGGCAAGGAGAUCAGUUACUCUCUCCCCAGCGCCGUGGGCUCGAGGAGGGCCGCUACCACAGCCGCUCCAUUCCUCGUCGUUAUCCCCAUGCCAGCUUCUCUAUGUGCAAACGACAAGGCGAGAUGGGGAAAGAAAGAUUGGGACGAGAGACCCUCUUUGAAGAGAUUACACUCGGGACCUCGUCCACCACGUCAGCCAUGGACCGCUCGAGAGUAUUGAAAGGAGAUGGAUGAUGGAGGGUGGAUACCUUCUGUGGAGGCGACGCUUCUCUGUUUAGAUAGCCACUAAUGUACGGCAGCAUGCAUGAUGCUGUUAUGUCCUUUGAUAUUGGCACUUUUGUCUUCGUGGUUCGACGGUAACAAGUUUAGGUUCAACCUGUCGCUACAUGAUGCGUUCAUAUUGGUGGUUUUCAAUUUAAUUCGAUCCAUAUAAAAUAUGUACUACGAUUUAUUCUAAUAAGUUAAGAAUUAGAAUGAAUUAUACGUUUCUUAUUAGUUAAAAAAUGUAUCUCUUCGUAGAUAUUUAUUAUGGAUAUCUUAAUUGUAAUCUCUAUGUUAGAUUCAGAAUAUUUUAAGGAG